AUGUGGAGUCGAUCGAAUUCUAAUCACAACGUCCAAGAGUCUAGAGAGACUACAUUGGUCGCAUUUACUUUUGCGAUAGUGGACAAGCAAAUGUCUCAAAAACGCUUCGGCUUAGACAGCGGGCCGAUGCGCCUAACACUCGCUGAAUCAAAAGGAAACAAUGGGGCGACCAAUCCCAGAGAGACUUCUGUGGAUGGGAAAUGGCAUAGCAAUUAG